GAAAUUUUUACCUGGCAUCUCUGCUGAUAGGCACUCUAGCACUUCACAAGAAGUUUAUUUUUGCAAAUACGAAGCAUUAUCGGUCUUAGCCGUCUAUCAAGACAAUACGAAGAAAUAAAAUACGAAGCAUCGAUAAAAGUUAAAUGAAGGCAGUAUUUAGUAAUAAUUCAAAGAAAUCAACAAAGUUUUGUGGUUGGUUUAUUGUUGUCUUACUAAUUUUUCGUCUUCGUCAAUAUGAAGCUACAAAUAGUGAAAAGUCUCUUAUGUCGAAUAUUGGAAUUUCCGAGCAUUUCAAUUAUACCUAUAAAGCAGUACAGCUUAUCGUCCCUGCACGUAUUAAAAUGAACGACAUUAACGAUUACCAUGAGAUUGUUCUUCCGGCUUACUCUAACACCAAUAUACAACUAAGGAAUAUGUCAGUUAACAGCAAACAUUUAGGAUUUGCUGUUAUUCAGAUGCAUGCCUAUGAAUAUAACAUUACAUUAAGUUAUACUCCAUCCAUACUCAAAGAUCGUUCCUUAACGGGAAUUAAUGUAGGUCUAGUUCUAUACGAAGAUGGAAGUUUGUAUGCAAUUAAUACACAUCCACAUGAAGAUAUUUGGGUAUCUCUGGUUUUGAUGUUGUACAAUAAGACGGCGCCGGUACCUGGUGGAUGCAAUAUGGAAUUCCCAGUCGAGGUAUCCCCCGUAAUGAAAGUUAUUCUAAACGAAUCAACAAUAGAAGUUGACACCCCACCAGCAUCAGUAGCGAAACCUUUCCUAAAACCGGACAACCAAUGCGGAAAAACGAAAUUGAAUUACGAAUCGUUCUAUUUGUCCAUGCCUACCUAUGAUUUUUCACAAAGGACAUACUUCACAUACAUACGAAAGUUGAUCAGCUAUGCUAGUGCUAAAGUUUCUGGUAGAGUUAAUGAUCUUAUGUCAACUUCGCCAAGCAUAACGAGAAUUUAUGAUCGUCAGAAUGGCCGAGGAAUGGUAUUCGUCACCGUAGCGAUCGAUCCGGUACACCAUGGGUUUGCCGCCUAUGUGCCAGUUCAAACGUAUGCCUGCCGACCGUUUAUGUAUGUGGAUGAAUGUUAUGAGUUUAACGUACCUAUUCGAAUUGUUGGAUUCAUCAUUACCAUAAUGAUGGCAGCGGAGAUUGUCGUAUCGUGUUUCCCAAUUCCCCUAAAAGCUUUCGUAUGUGGUGGCGUAAUUGGAAUUUUGGGAACCGUGAAAAUUCUUAAGGCUUCCAAUUUGGCAGUCAGUGAUAGUCAGUUAAUUAUUUUGUUAGUAGUUGGAUCGAUCGCAUGUGCUGUACUACUCGUGGUAAUCUCAAUAUUUUGUCCAAUUGCAUCUAUAGUCCUUUGUAAUUUUCUCGUCGGAUUUCUGAUGUGUAGUGUGAUAUACUAUGGAAUAAAUGGCAACUUUUUGAGUCAUCCGUUCAUCAGCAUUUUGUUUGUAAUUUCUGCAUUAGCUGCGGGAAUUUUAUUCAGUUCUAUACGAUUAUUUCUGUUUGGAAAUGCUUUUCUGUUUAGCGCCAUGUCACUGUUCUAUGGAGUGAACGUGAUUUUUAGUGCCAGACUACAUUAUUCGCUGAGAAAUCUAUUCCUUGGAUUGAAAAAAGAUUUUCAAGAAUCGGUGCUGUCGGAUUCAACUAUGGACACAAACGAAGUAAUGGCUGUUGUUAGUUUUGGGAUAAUUCUCACAUUGUGCGUCUACCUACGAGUUCGCUGCAGGCUACGGGAAAAUCAGGUGGUGAGGUCUGGUUUCCGUUGGCCAUGGAGUGAUCACGGCUCCAGAACCAGCUUAGCUUUUCUAGCUGACGAUAGCCUGGCUUACGACAAUGUGUCCGAACAUCCCACAAUAACACGUUGGACUAGUGGUGAUGAUGACGUCUUCGAGUCACCAGAAUCGAAUUUCAGAUUUUUUGAGCGGCUUCGGCAGCUUCGGCGGCAGUGAUUAUAAAGUUCGAGACUGACAUCAACGAUUUAGAACUAAUAUGAUUUAAAAAAAUGUUUACAUUUCAAAAUGUAUGGUAACCGUACUUGCAUCAUCUCAGCUCGUCUUAUUAUAUACAACAAUUUUUUUUCUCUAAAAUGCUGUUAUCGUACCACAUUACUUUUCAUUAAAAACAGAAAAACUCGAGGAAAUGAAUGAAUUUUGUUUUACUCCACCAUUGUCAGCCAACUACAUAUGUAAUUAUAUAUCUUACGUUUUGGGUGGAAAGUGAAUUGGAACGCAAGAAGAAAAUUGUUCGGGUCAUUCGUGAAUGAUUGUUUCCAUUCUCUCAAGCAGUUGCCAUAUAUUUUCAUGCUACAAAGCAUGCAUUGAAACACUAUAGAUUAUUCUCCCGAACUGCGAAAGCCGGAAAACGUAAUCAUUCCAUUUUUUCACAUGAAAUAUACUGUACACGUUUUCGUGUGUGACAUAAUUGACAGUAUGGAGACGUGGCUCAAAUUUAAGUUGACGAUGAGUUGAUUUGCAUGUGCUUGAGAAUUUUUCUGGAAUAAGAAUAGGUAUGACCGAAUUGAUUGGCAAUAAUGACAGGACUGAUGAUGCAAAAACAUUCUUCCGGAAGAUUGAAAGCGAUAAUUAGAGAUAAUCUUAAUGAGACAUGGAUUAGUGGUUGGUUGUUAUUUUUCGAGUGGGAAGAUAAUUAUACAUUGGUACUGUUACUCGGAAGCACUGUGGUAGAAUUAUGAAAUUUUGGAGAUAUUUUUUUGGGAAAUUUAAAGUAGCAGUGGGAGUGAAUUAUGUGAAUUAUUAGGAUCUCAAUAAAAUUGUCAUUAAAUUUGAA